AUGGAUCCGAAAGACACGAGCCCCUCUAUCUCCUCUUGGAACGACAGUCAAUUCAGCUAUGAUAUGCAAGGUCCAAUGGACAUGACAUAUGACGAAGCAUUUACGGAGGUGAUGCAGUGCUUUUUGCCCAUACAGCAACCAGAUUUCGCCGCUCUUUCAUCAACAUGCAGUUCUCCAAUCAAACCAUUCACUCCACAGUCAUUUAAUGGAAUGUCAGACGGUUUAGUCGACACACUAAACCCAUCAUUCUCACCUCCAUCAAGUCGAUCUCAAUCGCCUACAUCAUCAUCACCAACAUCACAAAUUGAUCUAACAGUAAUACACAAACUUUCAAAACGGCAGAGGAAUAGAGAUGCGCAACGAGCGUAUCGAGAGAGGAAGGAGAAAUUGCUUCAUACUCUUGCAGAAAAGGUGGAAAAGCUUGAAGCUGCGUAUAACGCAGUAAAAGAAGAGCGCGACCAGCUUCGGCAGAAGCUGGAUAGUUUGACCAAUACUCCUCCACCCACAGAAGGCGACAUUCCAACUUACAAUGAUCAAUUCGCCUCUUUUACCAAUUUCCAAUUCGACAACUAUCUAUUCAGUAAUCUGCCACGACAUCAAAUCGUAUUGCCACUAUCAUGA